GGGCCAGCGGGCUAGCCUCCCCGAAGGGGCGGUGUUCAGCCGCGGCCCAGGCACAGGUUCUCGCGUGAGGGAAGCGACCAUGGCGGCGGACAAGGCGGGCGGCAAGAAAUUUUCAGGGAGACCUAUGUGUACGUUGUUGACUAAUAAACGGUAUGAGUUGCUAUACAACUGUGGAAUUCAACUUUUACAUAUUGGGAGGCCCCUAGCUGCUUUUGAAUGCUUGAUAGAAGCUGUCCAAGUCUACCACUCAAACCCACGCCUCUGGUUGAGACUAGCAGAAUGCUGCAUUGCUGCCAACAAGGGGAUGUCAGAACAAGAAACUAAAGGUCUUCCAAGCAAAAAAGGAAUUGUGCAAUCUAUAGUAGGUCAAGGCUAUCACCGUAAAAUAGUCCUUGCAUCACAAUCAAUACAGAAUGUUGUUUAUAAUGAUGGGCAGUCCUCAGCUAUCCCUGUUGCCAGUAUGGAGUUUGCAGCGAUUUGUCUAAGAAAUGCCUUGCUGUUGCUGCCGGAAGAUCAGCAGGAGCCAAAGCAGGAAAAUGGAUCUAAAACUAAUAACCAGUUGGGGGGAAAUGCAGAGAACAAUGAAAGCAGUGAAGCAUGCAGCAGUAAAAGUCAUGAAGGAGAUAAAUUCAUUCCAGCUCCACCUUCUUCACCUCUGAGAAAACAGGAAUUAGAAAAUUUAAGGUGCUCAAUACUUGCCUGCAGUGCUUAUGUUGCUCUGGCUUUGGGUGAUAACCUUAUGGCUUUGAAUCAUGCAGAUAAACUUCUUCAGCAGCCAAAGCUGUCAGGAUCUCUUAAGUUUCUUGGCCAUUUGUAUGCAGCAGAGGCUCUCAUCUCUCUAGACAGAAUCUCUGAUGCCAUUACUCACUUGAACCCUGAGAAUGUCACUGAUGUUUCCCUGGGGAUCUCUUCAAACGAGCAGGAUCAAGGGUCAGACAAAGGAGAAAAUGAGGUGAUGGAAUCUUCUGGCAAGCAGACACCCCAGUGUUAUCCCAGUUCAGUCACUUCUGCACGAACAAUGAUGUUGUUUAACCUUGGCAGUGCUUACUGCUUGCGAAGUGAAUAUGAUAAAGCUCGCAAGUGUCUCCACCAGGCUGCUUCACUGAUCCAUCCCAAAGAAAUUCCCCCGGAGGCCAUUCUACUGGCUGUGUAUCUUGAACUACAGAAUGGUAACACUCAACUGGCACUGCAGAUCAUCAAAAGAAACCAGCUUCUCCCUUCAGUGAAAACACACACUGAUAUGCGAAAGAAGCCAAUAUUUCAGCCAGUCCACCCUAUCCAGCCCAUUCAGAUGCCAGCUUUCACCACUGUUCAAAGGAAGUGAACCUGACAAGCCCUAUGGAGGAGGGCUUGUGAGUUUGUAUAUUUUUUAAACUGUCUCUAUUGGAAUGUGCUGGCUUGUGUACAUUUUUAAUAAAAAAACAAAAAACAUUUCAAUGAAAAAA